AUGCCCAACGUGGAGAUGCACCACGAGGACCCACCAUCGCACCACCCAACACCAACCCAGCUCUGCAGGAACCCAGCUCUGGUCUUGGGCAGCCGGAUCCGCAGCCGGCACCUGGACCAGGACCCACAGGCAGCACCCCAGGGACUGGGGAUCCGCGCAGCGGGGUGCGGGCGUGGGGCGGCGGGGAUCCUGCCCCCGGGACCGGCCCGCGGACCCUGCUCCCGGGCGGAACCGGGAUUCACCUGCUUGAGGCAAAGCGGGGCCCUUCGAGCGGUACCGGCGGGGGCGGGCAGAGCCCCGCGGCCGGUCCCGUGUCACGGCGGGGCUGGAGAAGCACCUCCCGUGCACCCAGAUCGCCGUGGCCUCGGCCUUGAACCGGGACCAGGCGCUGCCACUCAUCGCAUCGCCCUGGGAUGCUCUGAGGUGCUGGGCCACUGCUCUUCCCACGGGCAUCCCGGCUCCCAAGGGCAUCCCGGCACCCAACAGCCAUCCUGGCACCCAACAGCCAUCCCAGUACCGACGGCCAUCCUGGUACUCACGGCCAUCCAGGCACCCACGGCCAUCCUGGUACUCACGGCCAUCCAGGCACCCACGGCCAUCCUGGUACUCACGGCCAUCCAGGCACCCACGGCCAUCCUGGUACUCACGGCCAUCCAGGCACCCACGGCCAUCCUGGUACUCACGGCCAUCCAGGCACCCACGGCCAUCCUGGUACUCACGGCCAUCCAGGCACCCACGGCCAUCCUGGUACUCACGGCCAUCCAGGCACCCACGGCCAUCCUGGUACUCACGGCCAUCCAGGCACCCACGGCCAUCCUGGUACUCACGGCCAUCCAGGCACCCACGGCCAUCCUGGUACUCACGGCCAUCCAGGCACCCACGGCCAUCCUGGUACUCACGGCCAUCCAGGCACCCACGGCCAUCCUGGUACUCACGGCCAUCCAGGCACCCACGGCCAUCCUGGUACUCACGGCCAUCCAGGCACCCACGGCCAUCCUGGUACUCACGGCCAUCCAGGCACCCACGGCCAUCCUGGCACCCACAGCCAUCCUGGCACCCAACAGCCAUCCCAGUACCCACGGCCAUCCUGGUUCCUGCACCACCGUGCAGCCCACCUGCAUCACCGACACCAUCGCCACCAGUUUUUCCCCACAAGUAACACAAAGCCCUGAACAACUGAAGGCGAAUUUGGAUGCUCUUCAAUGCCAUUUCACCUGGCAUUUGGGUGUAACAGGCCAUGUUGAACCAACGCAUGCCCUGCAGAAGCUGGCUGUUGAAAUCAGACACACAGUCCACCAAAACCAGACAGCACUGCUGGGGCUGCAGGCAUACCUGUACCAGCUGAAACACCAGAGCAGAGAAGCUCUGCAAAGCCUUAGAGAUGCUGAAGAGCACGAGAGACAAGAUGAGCAGCGGGCAUCUGCUGCUGGGUCUUUGAUUAUCUACGGGAAUUAUGCUUGGAUUCACUACCUCCAGGGCUCCUACAGGGAGGCUGAGAGCUAUCUGGAACGCAUCCAGCAGCUCUGCCCAACUCCUUGGGACACACGGCUGGUCUCACACAUCCAGGCCCAGAAAGGCUGGUCCCUCUUGGCUAUCAGAACUUGUAACGGGGAACGGGCAAGAGAGUGCUUUGAGGUGGCGUUGAUGCUUGAACCAGCAAACACAGAUUUCCAUGCUGGGCUGGGACUGGCUCUUUAUUCCUCCUGGAGUUACUUCUGGUAUCCUGAUAUUGCGAGGAAAGCCAUAACCCAAUUGGAAAGAACUAUCCUUGAGCAGCCAAAUAAUUACAGAGCCAAAAUAUAUUUAGCCAAGCUACUGGAAGAAGUGGAUGAAAAUAGAUCAAAGGCUUUGAUAGAAGAAAGUCUACAGAAUAGCUCCGACCCUGAGGUCAUCGGAGCUUCAGCUUAUUUCUGGCUGCGACGGUCUCCAGACCGAGCAAUUGAGAUAUUACAGCGAGCCCUGGAGCAGGAUCCAGGUUACCACCUUCUCUACCAAGCCUUGGCCAAGUGCUAUAGGAAACAGUGGCUUAAUGCAGAGAGGGAGAGACAGAAUAAUAUAGUGGAGGCAGCCAUCCAGGACCUCAGGCAAAUUCUUCAGAGACAUCCAGACCUUGACCUUGUGUUUGUAAAGCUGCAAUUAGCAGAGUUCUAUGGCGUAAGAGACCCAGCACAGGCAGAGGAGAUCUUCAGGGAGCUGCAGGAGGCAGGGGACACCCUGAGCCCCAAAUGCCGUCAAGCCCUUAACCUCUACUGGGGAAAGUUCUUGCUCUACAGGAGGAAUUCACGUCAAGAAGCAAAGGAAAAAUUUAUGGAAGGUUACAGAAUUCCCGUGCUGACAGAUGAGAGGAGGGAGUGUUUGCAGAGGCUGCUGAGGAUGGCUGCCACACUGCACCCCAGUCGGGAGGCUGAUGAUAUCUACAGCUUCAUCAGAGACACUGACCGCAACCUGCCUGCAGAAUUUCCUGGAAGUGAUCUAGACUGAUGGUGGGAGCCCAUCUGGAGAAAGCAGAGCAUCCUUUUGGCAAACCUAGAAAGCAUCAAGGACUUGUGUCCAUCUGUCUCUCCAACAGCAGGUCCAUCACGUCAUACAGAUAUAAGGGUUCUGUCAGCUUCUCAGACCACCCCACUGCUCCCCCAUUAAAUACAGGCCUACCCAUAGAUAAUGGGCCGCCCAAAAUUUACACACCUUGCCCUCAGUCCUGCUUCUCUGAAAGGGAAUGAAGGUGGAGAAUUUGGCUUUGCAGACAUGGACCUCUGUCACGCCCUUGGAAUUGCUACAGAUCAGAACUAAGUGCAGGUUAGGGCAGCACGAGAAAUUAACUCCCUUCAAUUAUCAGAACUCUAUCCUUUCCAAUAAUGAUGUGGCUUCACAAAGGUGACUUCCUCCUAAUAUGACUAAGCCCUGAGGGGUCUCUGCUGAGGAUGAAGCACUUGCCUAGAGGACAGAGAUGGUCCUGGCCUGUCCAGUGGCAUUAAGUGGAAAAGCAGCAAGAGCUAACUGCGGAUCAAGGACUAUAUAGUUGUGAUUAUAUCUGCGUUAAU